AUGGCAGCUGAGAGUCGGCUGACAAAGGAACGACCUUUGCACGGUGGUCUGACCAGACAGAAUGAAGAGACUGGCUCUGACGGUUUGCAGGAAAAUCUAACCACAUUAAGCCGAAGCGAGAUAACAAUUCGCAAUAACGAGCAUCCAAAGUAUGUGAGAACAGAGAUGAUGCAUGCCAGCCAGGAUCGAAUGAGAACAGAUCAGCAUUUGGGAAUUCCUAAUCAAAAACAGGGUAAGCCAGAUGCAGGCCAGAGUGAGUUACCGAGAUAG